GUUGAAUAUUCCAUUACUCCUCAAUCAAUGGCAACAAAGCUUGGAAAAGACGAUGAAGUUCAGGUCGAGCUUGAGCUAUGUCUUUCUCUCGGAGGUCCUUUCAAGAAAACAGAGAAAGCUAAACCAAUCGAAUUCCGUACGGACGGAAAUUAUAACGCCGUCAGAUGCGCCAAGGAUAUUGGCUUUGAUCUCAACGGCGGAACACGGAAGAGGCGGGAAGCGCAGAGAAGCGGAGAAGAAGAAGCUGAGUGCAAGAGGAUCAGAACGGUAUGUAACGGAAUCCUUGACGGAGUUGAUCACGGCGUGAAUUUGGACUUGAGUUUUAGGAAAAUGGGUAACAAUUACGGGUCGGGUCAAUUUAAGGAAAAUUGUAAACCCGUAACUAUCGGGUCACCCAUUUGCAGCUCCCCCGACGUAUCUGAUCCGAGCAGCUCUUCUCGCCAUGAAGGUGGAAGUUGUGACUUUGGGGUAAAUUCUGGCCAAACAAAACCGGUUACAUCGCCGGUUAACAACAUUCAGACCGGUACAGGAGAAACCGUGCAGAGCAGAGACGGUUCGAAUGAUGCGGUGGUAGUGAAGACCCAAGAGCGUCACAAACCUGUAGCCAAAGAGAUCGGAAAGCCUCCAAGACCGCGUCCCAACGGUAACGGAGUGAAGGGCGCUUCUUUAACCCUUCCGUUUGCUCAGAUGCCGUGCGUGACUAGCACUGGUAACGGACCCGAGGGCAAAACCGUAAAUGGGUUUCUGUAUAGAUACUCGAAAUCAGAGAUCAGUAUCAUCUGCGUCUGCCACGGUGAUCAGUAAGUUUACACUCUCGUCUUGUUCAGCUCACGGAGAAGAAGCGAGAUGCAGACAGAAGUGAGUGUUUGGAGAAAGUAACAGAUUCACUUCAGGUUCUGGGAAUAAUACGAGCAGGUAAUGGAGGACCAGAGGAAGUUCGACGAAGAAGAAAAAGAACAGAAUCAAAAUUGAACCUGCCUAGUUAUGUAGAUAG